UAAAAAUAAAUAAAACCAAAAAUUUUGAAUGGAAGUUCAGCCAGGUACGAUUUUUGUGGUCGAAUACGUAUACGAAUUUUCUAAAGAUAUUACCUUCAAUUUGACUAAAUUGUCUUAUGUAGUAAACUUUUCCGGAUAUUACCCAGUUUCCAAUAUUUUUACCCAAGCUAUACGAAGGGUACCAUAGAGUCGCGCAUGUCAAUAUCGCUUUUUAUUAUGUUACAACUUGUUUUCCUUUUCGUCAUUUUAUUUUAACAACAAAUAAUACAUUUGCGCCAUGUUUCCUGCUUGUUUUUCGGCUUUCGUUUAUUAAAUGUGGCGUGCACGUGUUGGUAAACUAACACACAUACACGCUGAGAGACAGAUCCACCCACACCCACAACCACAGUGUCACACAGACAGUGGCAGACACGACAGUCGCCGACACACUCACAGACACACACAAGGACACACUCGAAGCAGACAAUGUGAUUCCUACAUUAAUAUUAACGUUAAAGGAGCAACAACAAAAACGUUCAUCAAACAUGCGGCGUUUAGUACGCAAACACACACACACACACACACACACAUACAUCCAUCCACUGACGAGCUCCAAAUGGCGGAAAACGAGUGCGAGCGAGAGGGCGGACGGCCAUUUCCUUUCGCCUCUUUCCGGUGCGUUGAAAGUUUCGCUUUCGUUUUUCGUUCGCCGCUGGCUUUCCUCCAUUUUUUUUUAGCUUUUUUGGUUGUCUUUCAGUUGGCGGCGAGCAUUUCCUUAAGGCAAACGCGGCUUUGAUUUGUCCUCCGCACGAUAUUCAUUCCGUUGUCAGAAAAAAAUCCCAAAAAAAACGUGCAGUGUGUGCUUUUUAGUGAGUUAACGGAAUAUACAUCCGAUCCUCGGAGCUGCGAUCAUGGCUCUGGUGGCCCACCGAAUGAUGCUGCCCUCGCGGCACCGCCGCUCCACCACCCAACAGCAGGUGGCCCGCAACAAGGUGGGUGUCCUGCUGGUGCCCAGCGUGGCGGAUUACUAUGCCGGCGGCGCCGACCAGCUGGCCACGCCACAGCCCACGCCGACCGCAUCCCAGCAGCACCUCAACCUGCAGGUGGAGUCGCCACUGGAACCCGGCGACAGCAACAUCAGCAGCGGCAACGGAAAAGUGAGUGCAACAAGUGUUGCUUGCAAGUGCAACAGCCUAGAUUCGGAUUUCGUUGCAUGCAAAGUCGCAUUGAAGUUCCUCGUCGAAAGUCCUUCUAGCGUUUGCUUUCUCGCUUUAACACUACUGCUUUCUCGCUUUGGCAGCUCAGCUUUUUUGCUUCAACUGGCGCCAAGUUUAUGGCUCGGUAGUGGUUGUUGUUCUUGGUCAUGGUUUUGCUGGGACUGGGAUGGGAGAAGUCGGUUGGGUUUAUUAUGUAUACGACAUGUGGCAGUCAAGCUGUGAGGAAUAUUGGAGUGUCUGGUUAGCUGGUUAGAACUUGUUCACAUAAAUACUUCUUCCGAUAACUUUAAUCUAAAUAUACAUACAA